GUCACGUUCGUGCAUUCUUCAUGGAUUUCAAUGAAGCCAUCGACAAUGGAAGGAACUAUUUCGGAGGGUCGGAUACGCCUUUCAGCAUCACGGUUGGCGGAGUGCAGAUCUACAUCUGUUGCGCCCCUGAGGACGUUGCCAGUCUAUACCGCAACACCACCACAAUAUCCUACCAACACGUCGUCGAGGGCAUGUACCGCGGCAUUGGCUUCACCGGCUUGGCUUUCCAUAAGAUGUUUCAUACUGACCCUUCAGCGAAACACAACAUCGGCAUGAGUCAUCUCCUACCGCCUAGCCACAUGAUCGUCGAGUAUCAUCGGUGCCAGCUCAAAUCAGGUGAACCCAUUGAUGAGCUUUUGCAAAACAGGGUACACCCUGGGAUUGAUCGCCGACUCCAAGGCGUCGUGGAGGGGACCAGCCUUUCCAUCAUCGGAACCUCGGGCAGUGAGACUACCGUUUCUCUCCUCAAGCUAUGCACAGAUCUAUUCCUCCAUUCGACAGCGACUGCAUAUCUGGGUCAGAAGAUCUGUCAGGUCAAUCCAAAAUUCUUGGAUUACUUUGAGGUUUGGGAGCGAGAGAACUGGAAGUAUAUGUUUAAAAUCCCCGCAUUCAUGGGCAGGGACAUGAUCUGGGCCCGUGACGGGAUCAUUAGCACAUUUGCCGAGUACCUCUCUAUCCCGGCGGAAGAGAGAUCUGACUGCAACGAUUUCGUGAGGUCCGUUGAAGCCAUGUUGCGAGACGUGGGACUUUUUGAGCAAGACAUGGCAAAGGUGUUCUUGCUACACUUCUGGGCCAUUUUAGGAAAUGUUUACAAAGCUGCUUUCUGGACAAUAGCGCACAUUGUCUACGAUGAAACCCUCCCUCGGUUAAUCCGUGCUGAGCUUUUGCCUGUGUAUCGAGAGGGGAGGGUAGUCACGGCUUGCUUAGACCAUUGCCCCCUACUAGAGUCCUUGAUAAAUGAGGUUCUCCGCCUGACAGUCACAACCGCCCUUCUUCGUGAUGUCACUUCACCUACCACUCUUCGAGACGUCACCAUUCCAUCUGGCAGCAAGGUCCCUUUAAGCCAGUUGCAUCGGAACCAAGAUGUCCGGGGCAUUGAGCCUCUUGUUCUAGAUUCAGCUCGCUUUCGGGAUAGCCCAAAGCUACUUAAUUCAAAAUCAUUUCGCCCUUUUGGCGGUGGUCAGACCAUUUGUCCGGGUCGUUUUCUAGCUAAGCAAAGUAUCAAAUACACGAUCGCCUCUUUAUUUAUGAGGUUUGAUUUGGGAAUAGACGUUGAGAUGACUCGGAAGGCAGUUGGGGGAGAUGGAUCAAAGCUCAAUUUUCCUCAGAUGGACAGCACCAAGCCAAAUCCCGGUGCCAGCUUGCCGGUCCAGGGACAAGAUGUAUAUCUAGUUUUGAAGGAGAGGGGCAACUCUAAG